UCCUGGAGUGGGCCAUUUGUUGCAGAUUUCUCCAAAAUGAUAUAUUUAAAGGCCAAACUAUCUGGGUGGAAAUGCACUUAGCAAAGCACUAUCUGAAAACAGGAGGCCUCUCAAAGAAGUACUUAUUCACAAGAAUGCUGCCUUUGAACAGCAGGGCUGGCAGUUAUGAGUUACUGGUGAAAGGCCAUGCCGAGGGCCGGCUGUUAUUCUCUAACAGCACCAGCCUGUUAUUUGAGCACAAGAGUAUCUCUGUCUUCAUCCAGACUGACAAGUCUCUAUAUAAACCAGGCCAAGAAGUGAAGUUUCGGAUUGUCACUGUUGAUCCUGAUCUCAAACCUUUCAAAACUUCUCUAAGCAUAUACAUCCGGGACCCUCGAGGGAAUUUGAUUCAGCAGUGGUUGGCAGAGAAAGGUGAUUUGGGUAUGGUUUCCAGAAGAUUUCAAUUAUCAACAAGCCCUCUACUUGGAGACUGGUCCAUACAAGUACAAGUCAAUGAUCAAACUCAUUAUCAAAGAUUUACUGUGAUGGAAUAUGUGUUACCAAAAUUUGAAGUUUCUCUAACAACAUCAUUAUAUUAUCCUUUGAAAGACAAGGACUUUACUGGUAUUGUCACUGCAAAGUAUACUUAUGGAAAGCCAGUGAGAGGAAGUGUAACAGUCACUUGCAUUCCUAUAUCCUACUGGGGGAGCAAGAGAAAUGUUACUAAAACAUUGGAGAUCAAUGGAUCUGUGAACUUCACUUUUAAUUACUUGGAGUUUGAAAAUGUAACUACUGUCCAACAUGCACAGUAUCAGCGUGAUAUAGUUUACAGAGGGCCAACAGAAAUUAUAGCUGUAGUUACAGAAUCACUUACAGGAAUCACUCAGAAUGCAAGCACCACUGUAUUUCCAAAGCAGAAUGACUACAUCAUUGACUUUUAUGACUAUGCUAAAACUCUAAAGCCUUCCCUGAACUUCACAGCUACUCUAAAAGUAACACGUUCUGACAAAAAUCAGCUGACGGCCGAAGAGAGACAAAAUUAUAUCACAGUCACUGCAGAACAGUCAGACACAGUUCCUCACCAUGCUGUGUUCUCUGUAUAUGAAAAUGGAGCUGUGCAGCAGAGAAAUGAGACAGUGCAUAUCCUAAAUUAUACUGUCCCAGAAAAUGGAAUCAUUCACCUUGAGGUCCCGGUUCUGACUAAUACGAUGAGUCUGCUCAUUAAGGCUAGUUUCCUUGAUAGUGAAAGUAACAUAGCAGUUCACGGUGUAUUCAACUCCCCCAGCAUGACUUACCUCCAGAUAAAAAAACCAAGACAAGAUGUAAAGGUUGGGAUUCCUUUUGAGCUGAGUGUUGCAAGCAACAAGAUAAUAAAGGAGAUCAGUUAUUUGGUGGUAGCUAAAGAACAGAUUGUGGCUGUAGGCACAGAGGUUUUGACAACGUUCACUUUAAAACCAGAAAAUUCCUGGGCUCCUGUGGCGUGUAUAAGUAUCUUUUAUAUUGAUGAGAAUGGGGAAGUUGUAAAUGAUGCCCUGACUCUGUCUAUUCAGCCUGUUCUUGAAAACAAGAUCAAAAUAUCUUGGAAUAAAGAUAAAGUCAAUCCAUCUGAGAAAGUCUCCCUUAAAAUCAGUGUAACCGAACCCAGAUCUGUAAUUGGACUUUCAGUUGUUGACAAAAGUACAAAGCUCCUGGGAGAAAGUAGUGACAUUACAGAAGACAGUGUGCUCCAUGAACUACAUUUGUACAACACAGCACAAUAUUUUGACUCAAUCAGAAGUCCUCUCAGUGUCUUUCAGAAGUGCAACCUCUGGGUAUUGACUGAUGCAAACCUUCCAGAAGACAAGAAUGAUGUUCUCUAUGAUGAGAUGAUACCCUACAGUGCGGAUUUCAAUGACUAUCUAGAUUCUGCAGCUGGAUUUCCUGCUUUCAGUAGUCCACAUGUAAGGAAACAUUUCCCGGAGACUUGGCUUUGGAUUGACACUAAUACUAGAUCCAACAGAGACACAACAAUGGAAGUUACUGUACCUGAUACCAUCACUUCUUGGGUAGCCAGUGCUUUUGUAAUAUCUGAAAACCUUGGACUUGGAAUUACAACUGCUCCUGUUGAGUUAGAAGCUUUUCAACCCUUUUUCAUUUCCUUGAACCUUCCUUACUCGGUUACCAGAGGAGAACAGUUUAUUUUGGAAGUAAACAUCUUCAAUUAUUUGAAAGAAGUAACCAAGGUUAUGGUGACUCUUGACCUCAGUGACACAUUUGAAAUUCUUAUCACAUCCAAUGAAAUAAAUGCUACAGGAAACCAGCAGUCUGUGUUGGUACCAAGUGAAGAUGCAAAGACUGUUAAUUUCCCAAUCAAACCAAAACAACUGGGAGAGAUUUCUAUUAAAGUGACAGCAGUAUCACCCACUGCUUCUGAUGCCAUCCUCCAGAAAGUUUUAGUGAAGGCUGAGGGACUGGAACAGUCUUAUUCACAGACACGUCUUUUAGAUUUGACUGGGAAUAACCCACCAACUGUAUCAGAAACUUUGGAUUUCACCUUCCCUCCUGAUGUAGUAAGUGGCAGUGAAAGAGUACAAGUCACUGUUAUUGGUGAUAUUCUUGGGCCUUCUAUCAAUGGCUUGGAAUCACUGAUUAAGAUGCCUUAUGGCUGUGGUGAACAGAACAUGAUAAAUUUUGCUCCUAAUAUUUAUGUUUUGGAAUACUUGACUAACACAAGGCAAUUGAAGGAAGAUAUUAAACUGAAAGCUACAUCAUUUAUGAGAGAAGGCUACCAAAGAGAGCUUCAGUACCAAAGGGAUGAUGGCUCUUUCAGUGCCUUUGGGAACAGUGACUCCUCUGGGAGCACAUGGUUGUCAGCUUUUGUAUUACGAUGUUUCCUGCAAGCUCGUCCAUUCAUAGAUAUUGAUCCGUACGUACUGAAGAAAACAGCUGAUUGGAUUGUCAAACAUCAGAAACCUAAUGGUGAAUUCUGGGAACCUGGAAGAGUGAUACACAGUGAACUUCAGGGAGGCAGUAGUAGCGCAAUCACUCUCACAGCUUACAUUAUGACAACUCUGUUUGGGUACCAAAAUGAUGAGAAUGCCCUUGCUGUAGCAAAUGCUGCAAACUUCUUGGAAACUAAAUUAGAAGAAGGAAUUUCAGAUAACUAUACACUGACACUUGUGACAUAUGCAUUGUCAUUGGCAAAGAGUAUAAAAGCAAAAGAAGCCCUGGAUGUACUAAACCAGAGAUCAGAGCGGCAAGGAGACAUUCGAUUCUGGACAUCUCCAGCCCCUCAACUGUCUGACUCAUGGCAGCCACGCUCCGUAGACAUUGAACUUGCAGCUUAUGCUCUGCUCUCUCACUUUCAGCAAGAUAGAUUAUCUGAGGGGAUCCCUAUUAUGAAAUGGUUAAGCCAGCAAAGAAACCAUCUUGGAGGUUAUUCAUCGACUCAGGACACCAUCGUGGCCCUGCAAGCCUUGAGUAUAUUUGCAGCUCUCAUUACUUCCCGAAAAACAAAAAUUGAUCUAACAGUGACUGGACCUAGUCUGGAAGCUCCAGUAACGUUUUCAGUUGAUACUCAAAACCGUUUUCUUCUUCAGACCAAAGAGAUUGCACCUAUGCAACCGACGGCUGUUUCAGUUUCAGCAAAGGGUGUCGGGUUUGCCAUCUUUCAGCUCAACAUUAUUUACAAUGUGAAACAUUCAAUCACUGGUAGAAGGCGCAGAUCUAUCCAAAGUCAAGAAGCUUUUGACUUAGAUGUUGUCAUAAAAGAUGACAAAAAUGACAUAAACCAUUUUACCGUAAAUGUAUGUACAAGGUACUUGGGGUCCGGUGCAUCUUCCAAGAGUGGUAUGGCCCUCAUGGAGGUUGACUUACUUAGUGGCUUCUCUGUAUCACCACAUUUCAUUUCAUUAGAUGAUCCAGUUAAGAAGGUGGAAAAGGAUAAUGGGAAAGUCAACCUAUACUUAGACUCUCUAAAUGAAACACAGGUUUGUGUGGAUAUUCCUGCUGUGAGAGACUUCAAAGUAGCAAAUACUCAAAGCGCCUCCGUGACUAUAGUGGAUUACUAUGAACCCAGGAGAAGAGCAGUGAGAAGCUACAAUUCAGAAGUGAUGCAAGGCUUGACAUCUUGCGUCUUCUGUGAAAAUGACUGCAGUCUUUGCAAAAGAGAUACAGACUCCAGUGAUGGCUCUCCAGGAUUGCACAAGCACUUUUCAGCGAUUUCCCUGUUCUGCUUCUUGUUUGUAAUCCAGGCAGGUUUGCUGCAGAGUUUGAUGGUACACAAAACAAAACAUAUACUUUCAGUCUGGAUGGCUUACAUUUCAGAAUGUGGACAACAAAAAGCAAAGAAAGAACUCAAGGAGAACAAACAAAAGUUGACUGGUGUAUGUGUGUAAAUGAAGGAAGGUACACAUAAAAAUAUUCUCAUACUCAACGUCACGGAUUUCUUCUCCACUGAGAAAGCAACUUGCAAGGCCCCGGGUAUCUGCUAUCAUUCAGCAAAAGAGGUGACACUGGUAUCAGAAUGAACAGUGGUGUCAGAAGAAGAGAUGACUGCUAAUCCACCUUCUGUGAGGAGAACUGUUCAGUGGAAAAGCAAGACACAAAACAAAGAAAUGAAAGAAAUUAAAAACACCCUAAAAUUGUUGGCUCUGUUUCGUGUUCAGCAAAUGCUGUGUGUGCAGCUCAUAUAUAGAAUGGAUUACCAUUAGCUUUUGGCAUCAUUCUGCUAUGCAAAACGUAAUUCAGAAACAGACUAGGGCCAAGAGAACUAUUUGGGGAAAAAGAG